AUGGCUUGCCUUAGGCCAGCUGAUUGUCGUCUGCUUGUAAGAUGGCUUGCCUUAGGACAGCUGAUUGUCGUCUCCAUGCUUGUACGUCUUCCGUUCUUUCCGUCUGAUCAGCAGUGUUUGAAUGGCGUCCCGAUUUCUUUUCAGUUAAACUAUGUUUGUGUCAUUGUAGCUCCAUCUGGUGGUAUGGGCGUUGAAGUUUCCUUAUACUACCGUUUUGUGUAA